GCACAAGGGAGGCAUUGCCGCAUUAACCACGACUGAGUUUUACUGAAAGAAACAAGUCUUCUUCGUGACAGAAGUUCACUGCCAGGAGGAAACAUGAAGACUCUCCUGACUGCCACAUGGCUGGUUUUCCUCUUUUACCCUUCUGGGACAAUGACCGCCUGUCCACAAGCUUUCAGUCAAUCCUCUGGAACAUUUACCAGUCCUAAUUAUCCCAACAACUAUCCAUCUUCGACCACCUGCACUUAUAUAAUUAAUACUGGAUCCAAGAUUUCAAUCACUUGUCAGAAAUUUGAUCUUCAGGGAAAAAGCGCCUCAGGCACUUGCCUAGACUUCUUACAGAUCAGUGAUAGUAACAUUCUGUCAACUAAAUACUGUAGCACUACAGGUCCACAGAACUACGUAACCACCACCACUAAUGUCACAGUCAUUUUCAAGUCUGAUGCUAGUAUUAAUAGGCCUGGGUUCAAUUGUACUUAUCAAAAUAUUAACACAACAACAACAUCACCAACAACAACAACAACAACAAAACCAACAACGACAUCAACAACAACAACAACAACAAAACCAACAACAACAUCAACAUCAACAACAACAACAUCAACAUCAACAGCAACAACAAAACCAACAACAACAACAUCAACAUCAACAACAACAAAACUAACAACAACAACAACAAAAUCAACAACUAACUCUAGUACUGCUGUCCCAGACUUGCUGCAGAAGGCUCUGAAUGCAUACAACAGUGGCUCUUGCUCUACUACCACACAAAAUAAAUGUGGGUGCACUAACCCUGUUUCAGGAUUCUACACUACUAUCACUGGUAAUUACCGGAUUGUGGCAGCUACUGGCAUACCUAGCCAUGUAUUUGAACAAGGCCAACAAAAGCCAAAUCCAAACAAAGGCUGUGAGCACAGAAGCUUCAUGGCCAUCCCUGUGAGUCCAGUCAAAGGCUCCACCUACAAAGCAUAUGGAAUGGGACCUGUGGGAAUUGCAAUUUCUGGGGCGUUUUUCUACAACCAUUUAAGCAGCACUCAAGGAGAUACUGCAGUGUUCAAUGAGCAAGCAAGUUUUGACACCUGCAAUGGACACAGCGACCAGAAUUGUCGGUACCACUAUCAUGAGGUUCCUGUAUGCAUAGCGGGCAACUCCAGCUGUGCAAAUGUUGGUUACAUGAGAGAUGGGUUCCCUGUGUAUACAUUCUGCACCCAUCCAACUAAAAGCCGUUAUCUCAAGAGCUGUUACUAUAAGACAAGUGGAGAUGGGAGUAAUCAAAGCCAUUACACUUUUAAUACAACUGCCAAAAAUAAUGGUGACUGUGAUUUGGAUGAAGCCAAUGGCUACACCUUUUCUGAUCAACGUGGGUAUGCUUACAUCUUCACUGCGGACUACCCAUUCAUUAUGGCCGGUUAUUACGGCACACAGCUAAGCAACAUUUGUUAUUUGUAUACCUAGAUCAUUCAAGUGAAUGCUGUCACAUAGUAUGAAAUUAUUUUGGUCUAAAUUGAAGUUCAUCUGGAUAAAACAUUUCCAAGCCGUUUCUAUGGAAUCAAA